UUUACUGGGGACUUUUUUGACCAUACAGUAUAUAUAUUUUUUUUUAAAUUGAGUGCGAUUAUCCUCAUGAUAAUGUUUUUACCAUGCAAUCAGUCAUUUAUGACAUUGUUCUACACCAUUGCAAAUACAAUUUACACUGUUCUUAAUUGUCGGUUUUAUAGACUUUUUUUCAAUCGUGCAGACAGUCAUAUAAUAUUUGCUUCAAUGAUUCAUGGCAGGCAAUAUUUUUUUUUUGGGGGGGGGGGGCUAUGAUGUAAUGAUACAGCGCCGUUAUCUGGGUUUCUUUUGUCAAAAGGGGUCCCACCUAUUUAGUGACGUCGCUCGCCUUGUCGUCCAAUCGCGGCCCUCCCCCCAAAAGUUUUCAGCCUAUAAGGUUAGGGUAACUUUCUCAAGUGUCAGAAAAAGACUUGUCCUCCCCGAGGCCCAUCGAUGGAUACUUGGCUGCCUUCAAAGUGCAAAGACCUCCAGGUGGACUAACCCGAGGACUUGAUGACAGGGAGCUAAUAUCGGGACUCUUUUAGAGGGGGGGGCGCAAUUUCCGUGUGGCGAGUGGAGAUGUCCGAGGAAAACUUGGGGGAAGAGUCGAGCAGCUCCCCGGUCUCCCCUGUGGACAGCAGCCCGAGCAACAGCGAGGGGGAGGCGGACACGCAGCCCAAAAGGAGCGCCAGGAAGCGGAGGCCGAGCAGGAAACACGCCGCCGCCGCAGCCGCAGCCGAAGACUCGGACAGCCCGACCGCGGCGGGCGGCAAACGGGGCAAGAAGUCGAGCAGCAGCGGCGGCAGCCCGCAGUCGCUGGAGGAGCUCCAGAGCCAGCGCGUCAUGGCCAACGUGCGGGAGCGUCAGAGGACUCAGUCGCUGAACGAGGCGUUCGCGGCCCUGCGCAAGAUCAUCCCCACGCUGCCCUCGGACAAGCUCAGCAAAAUACAGACGCUCAAACUGGCCGCCAGGUACAUCGACUUCCUGUGCCAGGUGCUGCAGAGCGACGAGCUGGACGCCAAGAUGUCCAGUUGCAGUUAUGUGGCCCACGAACGCCUCAGCUACGCCUUCUCCGUGUGGAGGAUGGAGGGCGCCUGGUCCGUCUCCACAUCUCACUAGCCCCCGCGCCGCUCGAGCCCAACACGGUGACUGCUGAUUCUCUACUUCUCACAUUCUGACGGGACAUAUCUGGAGUCCAAUGCUGGAUACAUCGGAUCACUAUUUAAAAAGCAAAGACCACAAGACCACGGAGGUGCUGAAAGGAAUUUCUGUUGUCGUUUAUUUUUUAUUUUUUUUUUUGCAGCCAUACACUCACGUGUAUGUGCAUGUUGACGACGAAUGUUGAUUAUAUCACGGCUGACUCCUGUUAAGAGUUGCUUUUAAGACAUGUAUUGGGACUUAUGUGUUGUGUGUGAGUGUUCUCUACUGGUGGUGUAGCCCACAUUAUGAGGCUUUUUUUUUGGGUGGAGCAAACCUGUGCAAACAAAAGUAUU